AUGCACGCAACGCCACCCGAAGAAGUAUCAGACCGAGACGACCGACGCUGUGGCAGCGUAAUACAAGCCGCAAGUCGGCUUGUGGUCGGCACACGCACGGCCGCAUACAUGCUUGUAGCGGCUGCUAGCUUUAUUGCCUCCAGUGGGUUCUUUUGGAGUUUUAGAUCUCGUCUCAAGCUCACUUUCCAAGCACACACCAACUCAGCCAUGUUCUCCUCUGCUCACCUCGCUUUCUUUGCUGCUGCUGCUGCCGCUCUUGUUGCUGCAAGCCCUGUCACUGAGCUCGAAGGACAGACUCUUGCCAAGCGCGAGACGUCGUACGGCAAUCCCGACUUGGUAACUGACCAGGGCAAUCGCUUCAAGCUCAACUUUGGCAGCACCGACGGCCACCCGAACGCGUGUCCCGGACACUACAUCUGCUACAUCUCAAAGAACGGAGCCCAACAUGGCGACGUCUCUCUCGGCAAUCCCGACGACUUUGUAGAUGAGGGCAACCGUUGGGCAAGUACCUUUCAGUGGCUUUGCGUCUCACGUUGGCUUAACACCAUGCUCUGUAUAUAG